AGCAGCUGAGAGAGCUCCUCCUGGCCAGAGAUGAGCCAGAGCAGACCCACAGAGCUCAAACACUGCCCUCCAGCCCAGGGAGUCAACACCCAGCCCUCAGCGCAGAGAGACCCGACCCAGCCCGCUCGCAGCCGUCACAGCGCCCCCUGCCAGACUCCUCGUCUCACAGCAGCCCAGCACCAGCCAGCACAGAGGAACCCGAAAUAGCUCUACUCAUCGAUUCAAACGGCAAAUUCAUCGAUGUAAAGAAACUGUUCCCCCAGCACAGAGCUGUUAAACUCUGGUGUCCCACCACUGACAAAGCCCUGGAGCUCCUGACAGAGUCUCAGCUAGGCCGGCCCAGCCACAUCAUCAUCCACACGGGCACCAACGACCUGCGGAGCCAGCAGGACCGAGUGUCGAACUCCCUCAGAGCCGUCGUGGAUAAAGCUAGAGAAACCUUCCCCAACUCCAAAAUCAUCCUGUCCACUUUACUUCAGAGGAAAGAUUUCCAUCCCAACACAAUUAAUAAAAUAAACUCCAGAAUCUCUAGACAUUGUGCCCUCCUGCCCAACGUCCACUUGGCCCACCAUCCAGACCUGGACACUGAAUGUCUAUACGACCACGUCCACCUUUAUAAGAACCUGGUACAUAUCCUCGCAAAGAGACUCAAAGAUGUCACUCUAUACAGGACCAACCAGACCAGCCCCAGGUGGAGCAGAACCAGCCCUAACCCAGCCAAUCCAUCGAGACACACUCCAGCAAACUACAUCCCAGUCCACAGCUCAUCUAGAGCCCCGACCGGAGCACCACCCAGAGCUCCAGCACCCAGACAGGACCCCUACAGACCGAGACCGCUCAACAACAGCCCCACAGCUCCAGCAGCUGAAGCCCGUCCACAGCAGAGCCCGACCCAGCCAGGCAGACUGAGCUACGCCCAAGCUGUCAGCGGAGGAGCACACCACCCUAACGCUGAACUCCACAACAUCCAACACAUGCUGAGUAUCAUCUGCUCGCACCUACUAACACACAGUGGACAGUGGUAAAAAAAAAAAAAAAUAAAUAAAAAAAAAAUAAAAAAAAAUUAUUUUUUUAUAUAUAUAUUCUGUGGUAUUAAUCUAUGUUUAAUAUGGAAUUGUUGAUGUUUUGAGUUCCUACCACAAACUUAAUCCCAUCUUUCAUUCUUCUGAUUUUAAUCUGUAGUAAUUUUGCAUCAUUUCUCUUUUCUCAAAAUAGCAAACAAACCAUACACAUUAAUCUAAAAGUUUACGAUGAAAUCACUUAGUUUUUCUACAUGGAAUAUUCAAGGUCUAAACUCC